AUGGGACGCAGACCAGCACGUUGCUACCGCUAUCAGAAGAACAAGCCGUACCCCAAGUCGCGCUUCUGCCGUGGGGUUCCUGACCCAAAAAUCCGAUACUUUGACCUCGGAAACCGCAGGGCGAAGGUUAACGACUUCCCGUACUGCUUCCACCUUCUUUCAGGAGAGAAGGAGCAGGUCUCCUCGGAAGCUUUGGAGGCGUGUCGUAUUGCCUGCAACAAGUACAUCGCAAAGAAGGCAGGGAAAGAUUCGUUCCACCUCCGCAUUCGUGUCCACCCGUUCCACGUGAUCCGCAUCAACAAGAUGCUCUCGUGCGCUGGCGCCGAUCGCUUGCAGACGGGGAUGCGUGGAGCGUGGGGGAAGCCCCAAGGCACUGUUGCGCGAGUCUCCAUCGGCCAGCCUCUGCUCUCGGUUAGGUGCAGGGCCAGCGCCAAGGACUAUGUAAAGGAUGCGCUCAGGCGUGCCAAGUUCAAGAUCCCGGGUCGCCAGGCCAUCGUCGAGUCCAGGAACUGGGGCUUCACAGAGUUCACGAAGGAGGAGUAUGAGGACUUGAGGGAGAGGGGAGAGCUCCAGUAUGACGGGAAUAACGCCCACAGGAUCUCAAGGAAGGGGCCCCUCAACUUGAAGCUCUGA